GCCUGGGCGCGGGGCGGGCGGCGGCGACCAGCCUGAGGAGAAAGAACAUGGCGGGCGCAGCGGGGCCCGGGACCGGCCCGGGGGCAGCGGGAGGAGAUGGAGACGAUUCGCUAUACCCGAUCGCGGUUUUAAUCGACGAGCUCCGCAAUGAGGACGUGCAGCUCCGUCUCAACAGUAUUAAGAAGUUAUCAACAAUUGCUCUAGCGCUUGGAGUCGAAAGGACGCGAACAGAACUGCUGCCAUUCCUUACGGAUACAAUUUAUGAUGAAGAUGAGGUACUGUUAGCUCUUGCUGAGCAACUGGGAAAUUUCACUGGCCUGGUGGGAGGUCCUGACUUUGCCCACUGUUUGCUGCCUCCUUUGGAAAGUUUGGCAACUGUGGAAGAGACUGUGGUUCGAGACAAAGCUGUGGAGUCCCUGAGGCAGAUCUCCCAGGAGCAUACUCCUGUUGCUUUGGAAGCACAUUUUGUACCUCUGGUGAAACGCCUGGCGAGUGGUGAUUGGUUCACUUCUCGCACAUCUGCAUGUGGUUUGUUCAGCGUUUGCUAUCCCAGGGCUUCAAAUGCUGUCAAGGCAGAGAUUAGACAGCACUUCCGUUCCUUGUGCUCAGAUGACACUCCAAUGGUACGACGUGCUGCCGCUUCCAAACUGGGCGAAUUUGCAAAAGUUUUGGAAUUAGACAGUGUGAAAAGUGAAAUUGUUCCACUGUUCACAAAUCUAGCUUCAGAUGAACAGGAUUCAGUGCGUCUCCUAGCUGUGGAAGCCUGUGUCAGCAUUGCUCAGUUACUGUCUCAGGAGGACCUCGAGUCUUUGGUGAUGCCUACGCUUCGGCAAGCAGCAGAAGAUAAAUCUUGGAGGGUCCGCUACAUGGUAGCUGAUAAGUUUUCAGAGCUCCAGAAAGCUGUGGGCCCUAAAAUCACCCUACACGACCUCAUCCCUGCCUUUCAGAACCUACUUAAAGACUGUGAAGCUGAAGUCCGAGCAGCUGCUGCCCACAAAGUAAAAGAACUUUGUGAGAACUUGCCCACUGAAGGUAGAGAGACCAUAAUUAUGAAUCAAAUUCUGCCCUAUGUAAAGGAAUUAGUAUCUGAUACAAAUCAACACGUCAAAUCAGCUCUAGCUUCUGUAAUUAUGGGAUUGUCUACCAUUUUGGGCAAAGAGAACACCAUUGAACAUCUUCUACCUCUCUUUUUAGCUCAGUUAAAGGAUGAGUGUCCAGAAGUUCGUUUGAAUAUCAUCUCUAAUUUGGAUUGUGUAAAUGAAGUGAUUGGGAUCCGUCAACUUUCUCAGUCUCUUCUUCCUGCCAUAGUGGAGCUGGCUGAAGAUGCCAAGUGGAGGGUCAGGCUGGCCAUCAUUGAGUAUAUGCCACUGCUGGCGGGCCAGCUGGGUGUGGAGUUCUUUGACGAAAAGCUGAAUUCUUUAUGUAUGGCCUGGCUUGUGGACCAUGUGUACGCCAUCCGGGAAGCUGCCACCAACAACCUCAUGAAACUUGUUCAGAAGUUUGGUACAGAGUGGGCCCAGAAUACCAUCGUUCCCAAAGUGCUAGUAAUGGCAAAUGAUCCUAAUUACUUGCACAGAAUGACCACUUUAUUCUGCAUUAAUGCGCUGUCUGAAGCCUGUGGGCAGGAAAUCACCACUAAGCAGAUGUUGCCUAUCGUGUUGAAAAUGGCAGGAGACCAAGUAGCGAAUGUCCGUUUCAAUGUGGCCAAAUCUCUUCAGAAAAUUGGACCAAUUCUAGAUACUGAUGCUCUGCAGGAGGAAGUGAAGCCAGUGCUACAGAAGUUAGGUCAAGAUGAGGACAUGGAUGUCAAAUACUUUGCACAGGAAGCCAUAAGUGUGCUUGCGUUGGCAUAAUGAGGAACAGGAGGGAAAGGACUUUUACUAAAUUCUUAUCACAGAGUUCUAGUCCCUCUGUUCUUAAACUGGGUGGAGAAAAAGUGGAGAACCUUCAAGACCUCAUCCAAGCAGAUGGCAGCAGCUUACAAGAGAUCAAAUUUCAGUGACUUGAUUCUUUCUAAAGAUGAACUGGGAUUUUUACUCGUCAUCUUUUUUGGAAUAAUUAUUUUUGAAGCAUUUUACUGUUUGUGACCAGUUCCUGAUACUUGGUACAGUCAUUUCUUGAUUGUCUUCCUCCUGAUUCCCCUGGCACCGUGUGGGCUCCUGCAUCUCACUGCUUCAUCAGGCCCUGGCCACUUAUUAUUCCCACCAACUCGGGUGGGUUUGGACCCAGACAGGGAGUGGAGUGAUUCUCUUGACGUUUACAUAUAUUUGUGUGUCUCUCCAUCAUUCCAAAGUCAGUGUACAUGGUUCAGAAUAACUUAUUUUAUAAACACUCUAUUUGGGAGACACAUGGAGAUGCAUGUAGGGAAAGCCACAUUUUCCUGGAUCAUGAUGGUCUGCAUUAGCAUCUCACAUGGAAGGGGGGUGUGGAAGCUCAGGGUUCAUGUAUUGGAUGUUUUGGUUUUUAUUUGCUUGAUUUUUACUGUAAUCAUGUCAUUCAGAAACCUGGAGUACGGAUGCAUCUUGGUGCUCACGUGUUGUUGAAACUGACCCGGGCGCCAGUGGCGCAGCACCGUGAGUGCGUCCGAAACACUUCGCUCCCUCCUGCUCUCUGCUGAGAAACAUAAAAUGUAGUGCCUCCUAACAUGCAGUAGUUUCAUGGCUUCAUUGUAAGAUUGCUGUUUGAUGUUUCUGAUGAGUAGAGAAAGUGCUGGUAGAGUAUCCUGAGGAUUUCCUGCUCUCUGCCUGGCUCUGUGUCCGGCGUGUUGACAUCUGGUCCUUGGUGCUGUAGCUUCAGUACCAGUGUUCCAGAAUCGGUGAUGCUGGCCACCCACCAUUUGCAGUGUUUGUGCUAUGUCCACGGUAAAACCUCAUUAAUUCCUCCUGGAAUUUAAGAUAAUGAGUUAAGCUGAAGGGUUUGCUGGAGCAAAUUAACAGUAUGUAAGGCAACCUGUUGUAUCUGAACUACUGAAGCCAUUUUAAACAGCACCCUUUUACCAGUUGUUACGCCAGUUACUGAGCACUCUUUAGUUGUAUUAAAAUACCUUCCUGGGGAUUGCUACAGGCCACACCUUUUUUAAGAUGUAUUUUACUCUAUCUCUGAAAUAUAUACAUAUGUAUUUCAUGGAAAAUAUACAUAUUUUUUCUUUUAGAUUUAAUUAUAUUUUUCACCUACUCAAACUGGCCUUGUCCUAAUGAAGUCUAAUUAAUGAGGUUUUAUUGUAGCUUAUUUUUUGCUCCUUGUAUGUUGCUUUGUGGUUUCCUUGUUUCCAUUUUGUUUUUUUAAUUCUUUCAUUCAGUGAGCCAGGGAGUCCUGUUCUGUUUAACUUUGUACAUGAAAUUGUUACAUGAAACCAAGUUUGACCAGAUGCUUCCAGGUUUGUCUUACCUUAGAGAAACCUAACCUUUUAAAUCACACAUCAUCUGCCUCCAUUUGAAACUGCCAGCCAACCUUAUAGGAAGUGUCUAUUUUCUUACUUUUUGGGCCAAGGAUUAAAUGUAUUCCUACAUUUUCAUUUUAAUAUUAUGCUAUAAACAUUUAAUUUUAGUGUUGGGGUUCUUCUGUUUUUUACUAUCUCUAGGUUAUGUUCCACUUCAGUGAAUUGCAUAUUUGAGAGACUAUUGUCUUGAUUCUUGAAACAAACUUGGACAACUGUUGCUUUACUCUUUGGUUGGAAAUACCAUUGGUUUUGGGAUGGACUUUUAAAUGUCCUUUAGACUUCAGAUAUACCCAUUGGGAAGCCCUUAAGUGUUGGCCUCUCCUUCUAAGACUUUGGUGAAGGGGAGACAGGAGCCCUGGCUUUCUCAGACAUGGGUCUGGGAGCUAAGGAGGCUCUUUUUGGGUGACCCUUUAGGGACUUCAUUUGCUCUUCGUAUCUCAAGCAAUAGGGAAUCUGUUGUAUUAUUCAGGGGGAACUAUUCUUGUCAUAUUAACCACGGAUCAGUUUUCCUAACUUGUUAUCACUAGAGUGGCGGCUCCAGGAACUCUGUAAGGGCAGGGAUUUUUGUCUCUUCUGUCUUCUGCUGUAUUUCCAGCACCUAGACCAGUGUCUGGUGUACAUAGUAGGUGCUCAAUAAAAAUGUGUUUAACAAAUCUCUAAAA